UGUAUAAAUCAGGGUAAAGCAAUAUUAAGAAUUGACUGUAUAAAUCAGGUUAAAGCGAUAUUAGGAAUUGACUUUAUAAAUCAGGUUAAAGCGAUAUUAAGAAUUGACUGUAUAAAUCAGGUUAAAGCGAUAUUAAGAAUUGACUGUAUAAAUCAGGUUAAAGCGAUAUUAAGAAUUGACUGUAUAAAUCAGGUAAAAGCGAUAUUAAAAAUUGACUGUAUAAAUCAGGGUAAAGCAAUAUUAAGAAUUGACUGUAUAAAUCAGGUUAAAGCGAUAUUAAGAAUUGACUGUAUAAAUCAGGUUAAAGCGAUAUUAAGAAUUGACUGUAUAAAUCAGGGUAAAGCGAUAUUAAGAAUUGACUGUAUAAAUCAGGUUAAAGCGAUAUUAAGAAUUGACUGUAUAAAUCAGGUUAAAGCGAUAUUAAGAAUUGACUGUAUAAAUCAGGUUAAAGCGAUAUUAAGAAUUGACUGUAUAAAUCAGGUUAAAGCGAUAUUAAGAAUUGACUGUAUAAAUGAAGCUAUUUAA